AUGGUUAAAGAACAAGUCGAGAUACAACGAGACCAAGAAGGAAGGGACGAUCGGAAUUUGACGUGGGAUGACAUACAGAAGAUGAAAUAUACAUGGAGAGUUGCUCAAGAGUUGAUGAGGAUCAUCCCGCCCGUCUUCGGAAGCUUCCGGAAAGCCGUAAACGAUACUAGCUUUGGUGGAUUCGAUAUCCCGAAAGGAUGGCAGGUGUUUUGGUCGGCAUACAGCACGCACAUGGACAACGAUAUCUUUGUCAACCCGACGGAGUUCGAUCCAUCUCGCUUCGAAACCAAUCUUCCGACACCGAUUCCCCCUUAUGCUUAUAUACCGUUUGGAGGAGGACAACAUUCGUGUUUAGGGAACGAGUUUGCGAGGGUGGAAACAUUAAUCACGAUACAUAAGCUCGUGACAAUGUAUGAAUGGUCGUUGAUACAUCCAAACGAAGUCAUCACCCGACAACCGAUGCCAUAUCCUUCCAUGGGUCUCCCAAUUAAAGUCAAACCAAUCAGUAUAGCAUCGUAG